GAGAGCAAAGCACAACAGCGCUUCCAUGUUGGAUCAGCCUCUCUUGUUUCUCAUUCACCUGCCCCAAUCCUCUUCUUUUGUUUGUCUGCACACAUUGUCCGGGACCAACAGGCUUCUACGGCGCUCUGCUCACCGGGGAACGAACACUUGAUGAAUGUAUUCUCCACACACAAAUGUCGUGUGAACCGCAAAAGUGGCGAAAUGGGGAACGCGAACGCAAGUUGAGUAAGGAAUAACCCUGGUCCUUUAAAGCCGCGGCAACAUAAUGUUCACAGUGACAGAGUUUGCGUCCUUAAAUGAUGUCCAUCCAACGUACCGCAUCUUGAAGCCAUGGUGGGAUGUCUUCAUGGACUACCUGAGCCUGGUCAUGCUCAUGUUGGCCCUCUUUGCCAUGACCAUGCAGAUCACCAAGGACCAGCUCGCUUGCCUUCCUUUCAUAGAGGACUCACAGGAGGACUCCAGAAAUGAGAGCGCACAGCAAGUAGCAGCCGCGAUGAAUGCCAAAGACAUGUCCGAGAAAGCCGUUGCCAGUGCCCAGACCCUCUACCAAAGUGCCGAUAGGGGCAGAGAGAAAUGCCUUAAUCACCCUCAACCCCUGGGAAUCAUCACCAAUUUGGAUUUCCAGCAGUAUGUGUUCAUCAACCAAAUGUGUUACCACCUUGUCUUGCCCUGGUAUUCCAAAUUCUUCCCCUACCUCAUCCUGAUCAACACUAUCAUCCUUAUGGUCAGCAGCAACUUCUGGUUCAAAUUUCCCAAGACGAGCUCAAAAAUAGAACACUUUGUCUCGAUUCUGUGUCGCUGCUUCGAAUCUCCCUGGACCACUAAGGCCGUGUCUGAAACGGCCUGCCAAGAGUCCGAGAAGAACAACCAGAGGUUGAGCGGCACCUCCUUAGCGCAGCAGAAUUCGUCUUUAGAGGACAACGAGCAAGGUUCAAGUUCCAUCUCGACCUCCCCGAUGCUCGAAGGUGUGGUCUCCGCAGAUAAUCCCAUUGCCAAAGCUCCGACGGCCACGAUGCCCAUCUUGGAUAAAAAGGAUGGGGAGCAGGCCAAAGCCCUUUUCGAGAAAGUGCGCAAGUUCCGGGCCCACGUGGAGGACAACGAUUUCAUCUACAGGUUUUACGCAGCUCAGACUAUUUUCAAAACGGUCACGUUCAUUUCCAUGCUGUCCUACACGUCCAGCUUUUUGGUGAAAAUUCAUUUCAUACACAUCUGCGAGACCGACGUCAAAGCGCUGGUCGGGUACGGAAAGUUCUUCUGUACGCACAACAUGGCGUUCAUGUUGGACAAAGUGCUCAUUUGUUACAUCGCUCUCAUGAUAAUGUACGGCAUGGUGUGUCUGUACUCCAUCUUUUGGGUCUUUCGGGGACCUCUGAAAGAGUAUUCCUUUGAGAAAGUCAGGGAAGAGAGCAGCUUCAGUGACAUUCCUGAUGUCAAGAAUGACUUUGCGUUCCUCCUACACAUGGUGGACCAAUACGACCAGCUGUACUCCAAGCGCUUCGGCGUCUUCCUCUCUGAGGUGAGCGAGAACAAGCUGCGGGAGAUCAGCCUCAAUCACGAGUGGAACUUCAAGAAAGCCAGGAAGUGCGUGACCCGGAACGCGCAAGAUCAGCAGGAGCUGCACCUUAAGAAUCUCUUUGGCCUUCCAAACGUGGUCUUUGACCUCACCGACUUGGAGGUGCUCAAGCUGGAGAAGAUUCCCGAAGUCAGAUUCACGGCUAACGUCUCUCAGAUGACCAGUCUGAGGGAACUGCACCUUUACGAGUGCCCCGCCAAAGUGGAGCAGACCGGCUUUGCGUUCCUCCGCGAUCAUCUUCACAGCCUUCACAUCAGUUUCACCGACGUCGCCGAGAUCCCCACGUGGGUGUUCCUGCUGAGGAAUUUGCGACAGCUAUACAUCAUCGGCAACCUGAGCUCCGAAAAUAACAGGAUGGUCGGCCUGGAAUCCAUGCGGGAUUUGAGGCAUUUGAAGACAUUGUGCCUGAAGAGCAACCUCCCGAAAUUGCCCGCCAACCUCACCGAUGUGUCACAGCACCUGGUGAAAUUAAUGGUGCACAACGACGGCACAAAACUCUUCGGACUGAAUACUCUGAAAAAAAUGACCAACCUCAUUGACCUGGAAUUGCACAGUUGUGAGCUGGAGAAGAUUCCCCACGCGAUUUUCAGCUUGCUCAACCUGCAGGAGCUCGAUCUGAAGUCCAACAACAUCCGCACCAUCGAGGAGAUCGUCAGUCUCCAGCACCUCAAGAGGCUGACCUGUCUCAAAUUGUGGCACAACAAAAUUGCAGCGAUCCCGUCCUCCAUCGUCCAGGGCAAGUCUCUGGAGGCUCUCCACCUCUCGCACAAUAAGCUGCAGGCCCUGCCGUCGGCAUUGUUCAAGCUCCCCAAACUGCAAUACUUGGAUUUGGCCCACAACUAUAUCCAGGCGCUGCCGCCAGAUGUCGGUCUCCUGCUGGAUCUGCUGCACCUGGACGUCACGUCCAACAAGCUGGAGACCUUGCCCAAGAAUCUGUUCAAGUGCACCAAGCUGAGGGUGCUUUGCUUGGGCCACAACGACCUUCGGGAACUGUCGGAGGCCGUGGGCGAGCUGGUUCUGCUCAGUCAUCUGGAGCUGAAAGGCAACAGUCUGGAAAAGCUGCCCGCGCAGCUCGGCAACUGCCGCCGGCUGCUCAGAAGUGAGUUCUUGGUGGAGGAUCACCUCUAUAUGACUCUGCCAGUGGAAAUCAGGGAGAGCAUCAGCCGAGACAGCACCAUCGCCAGUACGAGUGUCUUAUAGUCGGAGGGGUUCACAAACCUUUGAGGUACAGGCAGAAAUCCCCCCCCCUAUCCCCCCAAAAAACCUUUCAAACUCCUAACACCAAGUAAACAUUACCACUUCACCGACAGUGAACUUCCGAUACACGAUUGCGAAAAUCAGAGUAACUGACGCCGAUCCGACUGGCUUGUAAUUGCCGAUGAAUGACACAAGAUGGCGCCAAAGCUAUAUAGAUUUAUUUUUUAUUUUUAUUUUAUUUAAAUAAGACAUGGCUUUGAAGGACAUGUUACCCCUCAAGAAAAGAAUGUCUGACACUUUAAAAGAAUAAAGAUGAAAUUUUCGGAAUCAAAAGUUAUAAGCAGUGUUCGGAAUUAGUCUCAAGAACUCCCGCAUAUUUGUGCAUUAACGCGCAGAUUUUGUGCGCGUGCAUUUAGGCCUAAGCGAUAAAAAUAUUGCUUGACUGAUGAGUACUAUGUAGUCUACUGUACGGAAAUCCUAAGUAAUUAUAGCAUUGGUAUG